AUGAAGUUUGGUCAUCAACUCGAAUCAGUGGUGAACAACACCGCGGAGGAUAUUCGAGAUAAAUUUCUUCAAUACAAAGCUUUGAAGAAGACGCUCAAAUCGAUUCCGAGUGGAAACGACAGUCCUGAAGUCGAGAAAGAUUUUAUUCGAUUGUUACAACAGGAAGUCAUGAAAUUCAACGAGUUCUUCAUUAACAAAGAGGAAGAGUUGGUGAUGAAAGAGAGCAGAUUGAACGUGAUGUUUAGCGAAAUCGUCGGCGAGGAUAAACUGCUUAUUUUUGAGAACGCGAACAAAAUCGUCGGCAACCCUUCCAACGACGACGAGGGUGAGAAUGAAAAGAAUAUUUCUCACACGAACGACAACAGCAGGGCGUCGUCGACGCAAGUAUCGUCUUCACAAUAUGAGCAGCAGCAACAUCAACAAGAACAACAACAUCAACAGAUGAUGGCAAAUGCUACGACUGUGGAGCCAAAUAACUUAGAGAUCGAAGCGGAAUUGUGCGUGCAGUUGGCAAACUUCCACGGCGAGUUGGUCCUCAUGGAACACUGGACGAAUAUCAACUUCACCGCUUUGGUGAAAAUUCUGAAAAAGCACGAUAAACUCUCUCGAGUCGCCUUGCGUUCGCCGAUAUUAGUCUCCGUCUCGAAACAACCGUUUUAUGACACCGCCGUGCUGUCUAAAAUGAUCGCUCGCGCGCAAGCGAGAGUGGAAUGUUUAAUGAAUAGAAUUUCAAACACCGCGGGAGGCGAAGAGGUGAAGGAGCACAUUUUAACCAACAUACCGACGACGGCGGAUUUAGCUAAGCAAACCAUGGGUGCGAGGCGCACGAUUCGAUUAUCAUCCGACGAAGAUUUACUUGAGGAGUUUUCAAACGCGGAUAAGGAGAGUUUAGAGACGACGUACGGAAGGACAUUAGCGGCUUUGACCACUUGGAACUCGCUUAAAAAUAGCGAAUCCUCGCAAAAUCCGUUCGGCGACGUUCCUAAAAUUAAAGCCUUGCAGAGGAAACCGGAGGAGGAGGUGAAAGAUGUCGAAAUGACAGAUGAUUAA